AGCGAGGUUCUUGGGGGGCUCGGUCCGCGCGCGCCCCCCCCCCCGCGCCAGCAGCCUCAGGUCAAUGCCCGAACCAGGCUCCCUCGCACAGGGCUUCGCAAGGCUACUGCAAGCCUGGCUGGGCGUGCCCCUGAGCCUGUGCAGAGGGCGUUUUCUUUCGGUUCUCCCUGGGAAGGUGCGAAGAGCCUCCUGCAGCCGCACGCACAGGAACUCGAGGCAUGCCCUCCCUCCAUUUUUAUCUUCACAACAGCCCUCUGAGUGCCAACAGGUGGGAUCCAAAUUGGCUCAGAAGCUACUCAGCAUGUCUUGAUUCAAAACAGGAGGUGUUUCCAAGAGUGGUGACUGGAGCCACGUCCGGCAUUGGAAAAGCCUAUGCCCAUGAGCUCGCCAGGAGAGGCCUCAACGUGGUUCUCAUCAGCCGUUCUCUGGAACGACUGAGGCAGGUUGCUGCGGAAAUCGAGCAAAAGCAUGGCCGGAGCACUAAGGUGAUCCAGACAGACUUCACAGAGGGCUCAGAAAUCUAUGCGCCCAUUCAGGCUGCUCUGCAGGGCCUGGAGAUUGGCCUUCUGGUAAACAAUGUUGGUAUGAUCCAGGAGAAAUUUGACGGUUUCUUGAAUAUCCCUGAUGUUGGCAAGCAUAUAAAUGACAUCGUGAAUUGCAACUUACUCUCAACAGUGAAGAUGACUGAGCUCAUCCUUCCUCAGAUGCUUGCCAGGCGGAAGGGGAUCAUCAUCAACAUGUCUUCGACCUCUGCCAGGCGCCCCUUUCCACCGAUCACGAUGUACUGCGGGACCAAGGUAGCUAUUGAUUUCUUCUCGCGAGCUUUGGACAUGGAAUAUGGUUCCAAAGGCAUCAUCGUGCAGUGUGUGAGGCCUAUGCUUGUGGACACGAACAUGACCGGCUGGUACAAGUCCAAGUACACCAAGUUCUUCAUGAAGCCGGCGGAGGCGUAUGCCCGCGAGGCCUUGAACACGGUGGGGCUUGCGAAGAAAACCGCCGGCUGCCUCAGCCACAGCAUCCAGUUCUUGCUUUACAGAUGGCUGCUUCCAGAGAAGUUCCAGUUUACAACUGAUGAAUUCACAUCACUACUGCAUGCAUUGAAGAAACUGGAAAGGUGCAAGAAAACCUUGCCCCUUGCAGAUACUGCAGAAACUUCUCUUGCGGGUGAAAAACAGGACUUCUGAAAACAGGUUACGAUAACUUGAUGUACAUUAAUGGAUCAUUUUAAUGGCUGUAUUGGAUAAUUCCUUACUGUUUAAAAUACUAAGGGCCUUUAAAAGGUUGCUAAUUUUUGACUGCCA